AUUCAACCACGCGCGUGAACCCCGAGCAGAGGGAGCUGGUGGUGGCUGGCUGGCGGAGCUCGUGUGGCCUUCUCAGUUCCCUGUUUUCUACCUCAAGAGAGUCUACCGCUUACUCUCUCCCUCUAAACCUCGCCACACACACGAGUUACGGCGGGAAUAACUGUUAUCCGACGCCCCUUCGUCUAGGUGUGGUUUGGGAACGAAGACGUGCGUGUGUGCGGGUGUGCGGGUGUGAAGGCGUGUGCGUGUGUGUGUGUGCAGGAUAGAGGAGGGUGUUGGUUCAUGAUCACGGCCGCUCCAGGAAGUGUUAGCGUGAGCGUUUGUCUGUCCUGACCACCACGAAGACGCGUUCCCUCUUCCUCUCUUUCUCUUUCUCGGUCCCUCGCCUCCCCGUCCCCCAGGCAGCGCUGCGAAAGACUGCCCACCCUCUUCAGCGUCGCCUUCAGGAUGCCUCCCCCCGCCAGCAGGUCGAGGGGGCUGCUGCGAGUGGCGUGCCUAUUUGUGUGUCUGUCCGUGGCCGCCUCCUUCCCUUUCACUAUCCUUCGAGGUAGUCGCUAUGGAUACUCUCGCAACAUCAAGCCAGUCAGAUGCACCACCAAUGAAGAGGAAGGAACCUGUAUGUUUGCCUGGGACUGCAUGAAGGCCAACGGAUCGCACCUGGGCACGUGUAUGGACAGCUUCUACUUCGGGUCGUGCUGCAAACUGCCAAAAGGUACCAUCAUCAGUGAGCAUCCCAACGACAUCUCCAACCAGAUCGACAGCUCGGAGGAAUCAGAGACGACACAGGAAGAGCCAGAGAGUGAAGGAACAGACGUAGGGCACGGCGAGGAGAGCGAAGGAGACCCGGAUUCCACUUUAUCGGAGGAAGAUGGAAGUGAUAAACCAAAGCCUGAAAUUCCUGGUUACGUUGAGCCCAGUACUGCCUCCCCUGUGGGUCUCGGCCCGAUGGAACCCACGAGUGAAGGAGAAGCAGCAGGAGAACAAGACGGAAUGCAAGAGACUGUGGGAGGACAACAGACAGGACAGGCAGACAGUACAGAAGAGACAGUAGGAGAACAGACAGACAGUACAGAAGCUGGCGUACAAGGAACACUAGAAGAACAGCAGGAAGAUGGAGAAGGACAAGAAGGCGUACAAAUGACAACUGGAGGACAAGGAAGCAGUGUAGAGAGUGGAACGGAAGGACAGUUAGAUAGUACAGAAGAUGGUGUAGAGGAGAAGCAGGACAAACUGACAGUGUAUAGUGCAGAGGAGGGAACAGGACAACAAGAAACAGGAGGACAGCAGACAGAAGGACAAACAGACAGCGUAGAGGAGGCAGCAGGAGGACAAGGAGCAACAGGAGGACAAGUAGACAGUGCAGAGGACGCAGCAGGAGAGCAACAGACAGUAGGAGAAGCGGACAGUACAGAGGAUGGACCGGGAGGACAACAGACAGCAGGAGAAGGAACAACUGAAGGACAGACAGACAGUGAAGAGGAUGGAGCAGCGGCAGGACAAGCAGACAGUGUAGAAGAGGGACCGGGAGGACAACAAGCAGCAGGAGAAACAGAUAGUGUUGAGGAUGGUGUGUCGGGGACAGUAGGAGAACAAGACGCAGCGGGAGGACAAGAGACAGCAGGGGAACACGACACAGCGGGAGGACAGGAGAUGGCAGGGGAACAAGGCACAGCGGGAGGACAGGAGACAGUAGGGGAACAAGACACAGCGGGAGGACAGGAGACAGUAGGGGAACAAGACACAGCGGGAGGACAGGAGACAGUAGGGGAACAAGACACAGCGGGAGGACAGGAGACAGUAGGGGAACAAGACACAGCGGGAGGACAGGAGACAACAGGGGAACAAGGCACAACGGGAGGACAGGAGACAGCGGAAGGAGAAGAUACAACUGAAGGACAAGAUGAUGGUCUGCCAACAACAACAGUAGGACAAGAAGCAGCGGGAGGACAAGACACAGCAGGAGGACAGGCGGCAGUAGGAGAGCAGGAUACAGCAGGAGAGCAAGUGGCAGCAGCAGAAGGAGAAGAAUCAUCCACGGAAGGACCUAUCGCACCCACUUCUGACGGGGAAGCAGAGAGCGAGACCCCAACACAAGGGACUGAAGAGGACCCGGUGGAGGGUACGGAGGUGAGCGUGGCAGUGGACCCCUCCCCCUCCACAGGCCCGCUGGAUCCCACCACUCCCUCCGCUGACCAAGAUGGAGGAAACGCUGAAGGAGAGACUGAAGGGGUAACCGCAAGCAUUGAUGGCGUGGAAACAGUGACCGAGGCUUCAGCAGAUACAGGUGCUGAAGGGGUAGAUGAAGGAGUCCCUGGAGAAGGUGAGGCUACUGAAGAUGACAGCCAAGGUACUGAAAGCGCGACGAGUGCUGCAGUGACACAAGACCCUCAAGUUGCCUCUGAUGGCCAGGACACUACAGAAGCACCAACCUCAGAGGAAACUGACGAAGGCGCAGCAGGUGGCUCAACUCCUGCUGAUAUCGCCUCCCCGACCCCUGUGGGAGCUCCAGGAGACAGCCAUGAGGAAGGCGUGGAUUCCUUGACCACUCUCCGCCAACCAGAAGUCCACCACACCACCACCACGCACUCAGACCCUCCCGUCACCACACUCAGUCCCGCGUCCGGUGAAGUGGAGACGACCGUAUCAGUAGUGACUCAAGAGACGACCCUUCCGAGUAUCCUUCCUACGACCCUCAUCCCAGUCGCCUCAUCCUCCGAGGACACAAGUUCGUCCAGUGAGUCCACGGCGGCGACUUCUAGUCCAGAGACCACCACAAUCUCCUCAACGUCCUCGGAAACUACCACAGGCUUCGCUCCGAUCGUCUUCCCCGGACCAACCGCCGGUACGGAGCAGCCCACGGAAGGACCUUUACUAACGACCUUCAGACCGUUAGUUGUACGGCCAAUAACGAUGCCACCACCCACUACACUGAGGCCUCAACCCAUCACACAGAAGCCAGCACCCACUACAGUGGAGCUUCAGCCCACCACACUGAAGCCAGCAACCACUACACUGAAGCCAGAGUCAGAGAGCUCCGAGGAAGUAACACAGAGCUCAAGCGUACCUUCAACCUCCCAAAAGCCGCAGUCUUCUUCAGAGGAAGUUGGUGGAGGCGACAGUGGUGAGGGAGAAACCGCAACGGAGGGGAUACAGGAAGAAGUGGACAAGUUGCUCGAGAUGCUGAGUAAUGCUGAGGCUAAAGACAUCUGCGGCAGGCCGGUCUAUCCUACGCGCAGGAUCGUCGGAGGUGAGGAAGCCUCCUUUGGGGAGUUCCCUUGGCAGGUGUCCCUUCGGCAGUGGAGGCACGUGACCUUCCUGCACAAGUGUGGUGCGGCACUGAUCAACAGGAACUGGGUCAUCACAGCUGCCCACUGCGUUGAGAACGUGCAGCCAGAGGAGCUUCUCAUUCGCCUCGGGGAGUUUGACCUCGAGAGAUCGAAUGAACCAUACCCGUUCCAGGAGAGGAGCAUUCAGAUUAUCGCCUCGCAUCCUCAGUUUGAGCCCCGGACCUUUGAAUAUGACUUGGCUCUUCUCAGAUUCGAAAAGCCCAUUGACUACAUGCCCAACAUCAUCCCUAUCUGCAUCCCACAAGACGACUACUCCUUCCUCAACGAAACUGGCUACGUCACUGGAUGGGGCCGACUGUAUGAAGACGGCCCCCUCCCCUCUGUGAUGCAGAAGGUGACAGCGCCCGUCAUUGCCAACCAAGAUUGUGAGCAAAUGUACAGGUUGGCAGGUUACGUGGAGCACAUCCCUAACAUCUUUAUCUGUGCGGGCUUCGAGAAGGGCGGCAAGGACUCGUGUGAGGGUGACUCAGGCGGCCCACUGGUGAUCAAGAGAGGCGACAGCUGGAGUCUGGCAGGAGUCAUUUCGUGGGGUAUUGGAUGCGCCCUUCCUAACCAGCCAGGAGUGUACACCCGGAUAUCAGAAUUCAGGUCAUGGAUUGAGAAGAUUGUCGUGUUCUAGUUAAUCUGAUUGACUUUAUGAUUGGUUGACUGAUUUAUUUGACUGAUGAUCCCCGAGUGCGCUUAACGUUGAUGUAUUUCAUGAUUUUUUUUUGUUUUGUUUUGCUAGUAGUGUUUAUGUUCCUUUUUUUCCUUUUUUUUUUGUGGUGCAAUGCAAUGUUGUGAUGAUCUUGGUGUUAAUUUUAUUUAUCUAUCUAUCUGUUCACCUAUUUAUUUAUUUAUUUAUUUGUCUAUUUAUUUAUUUACAGUAUUCGUCCCUUUGUCUUAUAUAAAGUUACGAUAUAUUCUCUCUCUCUCUCUCUCUCUCUCUCUCUCUCUCUCUCUCUGUUAGCCAAGAUGAUGGGUCCUAUUACGUUAGUUGUUGUUGUUUCUUGUUAUUGUUGUUAAUAUAUUCUCGUUUAUUUAUUAUAACUCUCACUGGUGAUAUAUACGAUGUGCGUGCGUGCGUGCGUGCGUCAUUGAUUAGUAAGAUACGAAUUUAAUUUUAGCGACCAGCAUUAAAAUCACUGACGGAGUAUUAGUGAUUAAAAUAGAUAAAAAAAGUAAUCAUCCAUCACUACAUUCUUAUUACGAGGCUAAAGAAAAUGAUGAUUGUGAAUUUACCUACGUUGUAUCCAAAUGAAUAUCGAAAGAUGAAUAUUUAUUAGAAAUUCAUUGGAGAAAAAUAGAUCUAAGAUAAAAAAAAAAGUACCAUGAAUUACAUGAAUUUUUCUGAAGGUGUAAAAGUGAGCUGUGUUUUAUAGAGGAUCGAGUCCCAUGUGUGGCUCUCCUUGUAAGCCUCGAUCCUCCUUUUGUCUCCAGGGAAGGGUGUUUAAUCCCUUAUAACACUGGCAUUAGAUCGCAUGUUUCGUGAGAGGCCGUGUGUGUGUGUGUGUGUGUGUGUGUGUGUGUGUGUGUGUGUGUGUGUGUGUGUGUGUGUGUGUGUGUGUGUGUGUGUGUGUGUGGCGUCAUUCUUGUCAUCGCUUAUUCUUUAUUAUCAUUUGUUCAUUUUCAUCACAAUAAACGGGAGAAAAUAUUAUCAAUA